AUGAUGAAAUAUGAGACGAAAACUGAGAUCAUCGACCUUUCUAUUACAAAAAGCGCACUUGUCAGUUUGACGAAAGCCAAAAAACAGCCUUACAUAAAGGAAAAAAACUUCGUCUAUGAGAAAGACCAGAAAAAGUCCAGUGACAGGCAUGAAGUGUUCAUACCUCAAAACGCCUUGAGAAGGCAUGAUACCGGUGCGGCAGAUAUUAAUCCGGAAAAUGUGAAAACAGGUUUCCAUAAAGCAAAGCUUGAAACCAAAAGGAAAAGAUUUCUGGAAAGGACGAGGGAAAUUGCACGGGCGGAGAUUCUCAACAGUGAACAUGAAGGUUUUCUUGCUGGCGAUAAAGGAGAACUUACUUAUACGGUCAAGCAAGAAGAUAUAUGCAAUGCUGUAGAUAUUGCAAGUGCUAGCAAGCACUUUGAUGUGCGAUUAGAGCGUUUUGGUCCAUAUCGUGCCAAUUACAUACAUAAUGGUCGUCAUCUGUUAAUUGGUGGUAAGCGUGGACAUGUUGCUGCGUUCGACUGGUUAACAAAAACACUCCGUUGUGAAAUCAAUGUCAUGGAAGGCGUCCGAGAUGUCAGAUGGUUACAUGUUGAAACAAUGUUUGCUGUUGCCCAAAAGAGAUGGACACAUAUUUAUGACAACACGGGUGUAGAGCUACACUGUUUAAAAAAUUUGCAUGAUGUCAAACGUCUGGAAUUUCUCCCGAGGCAUUUCCUUCUUGUUGCUGGGAGUAAUACGUCAUUUCUGCAUUAUUUGGAUGUUUCGAUGGGCAAAAUGGUGCAAUCUUUUCCAACCAAACAGGGACCUCUGGAUGUAAUGACUCAGAAUCCAAACAACGCUAUCAUUCAUACUGGGCAUGGGAAUGGAACAGUGCAGUUAUGGUCUCCAAAUGUUAAAGGACCGUUGAUAAAAAUGCUAGCUCACCCGUGUUCGGUACGAGGUAUAGCUGUGGAAAAUAAUUAUAUGGCUACUACUGGUCUUGAUCGAAAGCUUAGGAUUUGGGAUGUACGUAAUUAUAAACAAUUAUAUGCUUAUACGUUACCGUUUGGAUUGGCCGAAGUAUCUUUUAGUCAGCGUUAUGCAGUUUCUUGCAGCGUUGGGAAUCAAAUUCAGAUUUUUAAUGAUGUGCAUUUGGGCACAACUACUGCACCAUACAUGUCACAUCAGUGCACCGGAAUAGUUUCUAGCUUGCAAUUUUGUCCAUAUGAAGAUGUUCUUGGAGUUGGACACCAACAUGGAUUCACUAGUUUGCUUGUGCCGGGAAGCGGAGAACCGAACUUUAAUGCACUGUUGACAAAUCCUUAUGAAUCAAAAACUCAACGGCGUGAACGAGAAGUGAAGCAGCUUUUAGAUAAGAUUCAGCCGGAACUGAUUACUUUGGACACUACAGAAAUCGUACAAGUGAAUACGGAUUUGCUUGAGAAAGAGAAUGAACGAUUAAAACUGUUACUCCAUACAAAACCGCGUGAAGUGAAGUUUAAACCGAGGAAUAAGAAGAAAGGAAGAGGCAGUGCUCUGAGGAAGGAACAGAUUAAGCAAAGUGUGCAGUCCGAACAAAGAUUUAUGAUAAACGAAGCACGGAAGAAGUUAAAAGAGGAAUUUUUAACGAAAGAAACAGUGAAGGUUGAAGAUUCUCAAAAAACAGUGCUUGAUAGAUUUCGAAAAAAGGAUGUUUAA